AUGUGCACGAGUGCGCGCAAACAAGUCUCCAGAAAUUCCGGAGUACUCAUUCCCAGGGAUUCAAAAAGCUCCGAGGGAAGCCGUACUGUAAUGACAGGACCCGUAAUACACAAAUACAUCCAACAGCGAGUCGAUUUAACCGCUUUCGACGUCAAAUGGAUGCCGCAGAGUGCCAAGUUCCUUGCUUUCGGAGCAUGUCCGGACGGCCAAGGAACGGUGAAUGUGUACGAGCUGGACGGUUGUUCAGUGAACAAAACGCAACAGCUUACACACCCACGAGGCGUGAAAUGCGGUACGUUUGCGUCCUCGAGUAGGGAGGAACGCAACGUUACGACGGGCGGCUUUGACGGGAAUUGGCGAAUUUGGGACGUAGAACAUCCAAGCCAGCCAGUUGUGUGCAUUAGAGGCCACAGUAAAAUCAUAAACUCAGUUGAUGGCAUCGGCGACACUGACGGUUCUCCAGCGGUAGUAACAGGAUGCAAAGAUGGUUCCGUUAAGGUUUGGGACCCGAGAAAGCCAGAACAACCGACCGUGGUUAUGGAACCCGCGCCGGAGCAGCAGAAGCUAGAUUGUUGGGCAGUGUGCUUCGGCAACGGCUACAGCGCAGUGGAACGGUGUGUCUGUGCUGGAUACGAGAAUGGCGACAUCAAAUUUUUUGACCUCAGAAAUCUCGCCGUCACAUGGGAGACCUGCGUCAAGUCAGGCGUCUGUAGCUUGGAGUUUGACCAGAAGUCCAUCUAUAUGAAUAAAUUAGUCGCAACUGGAACUGGGUCCAACAUACACGUCUUUGAUCUGAGGACGAAGCACCCGAAAAGAGGAUUUGCUCAACUGUCACAUUCUGAUGAAACAAACUCAACCAUUUGGGCUGCACGACAUUUGCCGCAAGACAGGGACAUCUUUGCUACCUGUGCGGGUUCCGGAACGAUCAACCUGUGGAAGUACCAAUACCCUGAUAAAAGAACCCACAAGGCUUCGGAUGGCUGCGACGAAGGCGUGGCUGGUACGUUGACCCACCUCUGCAAAGCCUCUCUGGGCAAUCAGCCAGUGUCGGCACUGGACUGGAAUCCAGACAUGCAAGGACUCUUCGCAACAUGUACCUUUGACCAGACCCUCCAUGUUGGCUUUGUCACUGGCUUGGCAAGCUGACCGCAUUCUUAUAUCGUAACAGAUGUACAGGGUGAUAUAAAAGUAACAGAAAACGUAAAAAUUUAAUUAUCUGAAAAGUACAGCAAGAUGCACAGAAAUAAAGAUCCUUUUUUGUAACAAAAACUUUUAAUGCAAAAGUAACGUUUGUCACCAAGAGCUGGUGCUGUUGCAGCUCAACGUUCCUGAAGCGCUUGGAUUUAAAGUAGACGGAAGCAUCAACUGGUCAGCAGUCGAAAUAAGCCAGAGAUGUUUAGAGUAUUGGUGGGAAAAAAGCAGGGAAGAGAUUGAUACGACCGGAUCCGUUACAGACACAGGUAGCAGUACAAGGUAGAUAGAGCUUUACGGAAGAGAAAAAAGAUUAAGGAGAUGUAUACAAAAAUGCUCAAAUGAAAAGCAUGUAUAGCAUAUCUGAUUAACUCAAGCAGCAUGCGACCAUUUGCCACCACCCACUUUGAAAGGGGAUGCCAAUAAAAAUGUAACUGCUCUGACUAAGACUAUAUUUUAAAAUGUCCCGUGUUCUGUGCAUUUUUGUGAAAACCUCGUCAAGCUGUUGUUAAAUUUUUACUUUUUUCUGUUACUUUUGGAUCACCUCUGUGUAUAAAAAUCAUUGAGGACGAUACUCAGAGGGAUUAUAUUUUGCUUACCAUUUUCAACAAGCAAGUAUUUUUGUUUCUGCUGUUACAAAACUUUCUCUCAAAGUGAAAGUAGAAUGAGUGCAACACCCUCCAUUGUUACAUAAAAAUAAAAGUGACACUAGUUGCCAAUA